UAUUUACAAAAAUAAAUACAUUGAGUCUUAUUGUAAAUAUUUACAUUUUCAAAAUAUGUGCUAGAGUUAUUAGGCAUAAAAUAUAAACUAAUUCUAUCGCUUCCAAUUGGUUAAAAAAUAGCAGUCAGCUCCUAUACAGUACGGCAACGUUUUUCAUUAACAGCUGAUCGCAUUAUCAACAUUUCAAUUUCUUCGUUUAUAUUUUUUGGUUUUUAUUCCUUUGCGCAUAUUUUUUGUUCUCAAAUUGGCCACAACAAAUGGAGUAAGUGAAGAAGUGUUUCAACAGAAGUUAGCGUGUUAGUAUAUGACAUAAUUUGUUACGUUCAACAUGACCCUGCCCCGAAUCACCGACUACGACCUGCUGGAGAAGCUUGGAGUUGGCAGCUAUUCAACCGUCUAUAAAGCACGCCACAAAAAGGAGCGCAGCUAUCAUGCUAUUAAGAUUGUGGAAAUGUCAACGCUAUCGGAUAGUUCACGUGAAAAUCUUAUAACCGAGAUAAGGCUACUCCGUUCACUGAACCACAAGUACAUUGUGACAUUACAAGAUUUCUUUUGGGAUGAUAAGAAGAUUUACAUUGUGCUGGAGUUUUGUAAUGCCGGUAAUCUAUCGGCCUUCAUACGUUCGAAAAAAUCAUUACCGGAAGCCACUUGCCGCUUUUUCCUGCGUCAAUUGGCAGCUGCUGUGCAGUAUAUGCGCACAAAUGAUAUCUGUCAUUUCGAUUUGAAACCACAAAAUUUAUUAUUAACUCGUAAUUCAAAUGUGAUAUUAAAGGUGGCAGAUUUCGGCUUUGCGCAACACUUGAAAUUGGGUGAGAUCAAUCAACAACUCAAGGGCUCACCACUCUAUAUGGCACCAGAAAUAGUGCGCAAACAUCAAUAUGACGCCAAAGCCGAUUUAUGGAGUAUUGGUGUGAUUUUAUAUGAAUGCCUUUUUGGCAAAGCGCCAUACACUUCCAAGAGUAUUGAAGAGCUUUUACAGCGUAUACGCAAUGCAGAGAAGAUAACCAUACCGGCGAAUGCAAGCAUUAGCAAUGAGUGUCAUGAUCUGCUUUGCCGUUUAUUGGAACACGAUCCUGCCAAACGUAUUUCAUUCGAUUCGUUUUUUGCACAUCCGUUCAUUGAUCUCAAAACUUUGCCCACGGAACAUACAUUACAAAAAGCUUCGGACCUCGUCACCAAAGCCGUCGAAUAUGAUGAAAAACAAAAUUACAAAGAGGCUUAUUAUUUAUACUGCAGCGCGUUGCAAUAUUUUGUGCCGCUCAUCACUGAGGAAGCAGAUGCCAGUAAACGAUUGGCUUUGCGCAAUCGUGCACUUACCUACCUCAAACGCGCUGAAGAAAUAAAAAAUGUUCUAAUCGAUACUGAAUAUAAAGCCGCAGCGGCUAAAGAUCUACAUAAGAAACAAGUGCAUUCCCAGCAGCAGGAGCAGCUGCCGAGCAGCUCCUCUGCGCAAACACCACAGCCGAACAUAGCCGAUGUGCUGGAGCCAGAUGUGCGUUACAAGCAGUUAUUUGCGCUCUCGCACUCGAGUCCACAAUUGAAAAGUGCUUUGGAAAUUGGACGCCAAGGUGAGCUUUAUUUGUACGAGAGAAAAUUGAAGGCAGCUUUGGAAGCAUAUACUUCCGCCUUGGGCAUGCUAGUGCCGUUCACAAACAAUGAACCGAAGGGUGAGCGCCGCAACUUGCUGCUACAACAGUUGGAAAUCUGGAUGAAAGAGGCUGAGAGUAUUAAAAGUAUACUGUCUGCUAAGGAAAUGGUUGAUGAGCAAAAAUUGACAUCGCGCUGCAGUUUCAGCCACACAUUCCAUUCGCGUCACCAACACACUCAGCGGUUUUCAUGUACACGUAUACACAUAUUUUUAAUUUAUAGCAUCUGCCUAAUGUUGUUUUUUGCCUUUUAUGCACACAUUUUAGAAUUUAAGAAUGUAUUUAUGCUUUUAUUGAAGUAAUAUUAAAAUAAUUUUUCAAUUCUGAAAUAUAUAAACAUAAAU